AUGGACGACGCGUCCCUCGAGCACACGCCCACCUGGGUCGUGGCCGCCGUCUGCUUCGUCAUCGUCUCCGUCUCCCUCGCCGCCGAGCGCUUCCUCCACUACCUCGGCAAGGCAUUAAAGCAUAAGCAGCAGAAAACAUUGUAUUCGGCCCUACAGAGACUAAAAGAAGAGCUAAUGCUUCUUGGAUUCAUUUCCUUCAUCCUGAGUCUCUCACAGAGUUUUAUUGUUCACAUUUGCAUUCCGGAAACCGCUACACGUUUCAUGCUUCCAUGCAAGAGAGAGAAUCACAAAGUUAUAGAAGAAGGUGGCAUAGUUUGCAAGAAAAAGGGUGAUGUCCCCUUUCUAUCACUGGAGGCAUUGCAUCAGCUGCACAUAUUCAUAUUUGUACUUGGCUUGGUCCAUGUGGUUUUCUGUGCUACAACAAUAUUGCUUGGUGGAGCGAAGAUAAGAAGAUGGAAGCAUUGGGAGAAUGGAAUUCACCGAGAUAUACAACAGAAAUAUGCAGAACUACAAACAGAUAUUGUAGGAAACGUUACACCAUUGCAUGUUGUGCUACGCCAUAAUCACCAGGGUGAAUUGGUCAGUGAGCGAACCGGGGGAUUUUGGAAGCAGUUGGCUGUUGUGAGCUGGAUAAUUGCGUUCUCGAAGCAAUUUCAUGAUUCUGUGGGUAAAUCAGAUUAUGAAGCGCUUAGAUCAGCGUUCGUCUUAAUACACUACCCAAGGCACCCAAACUUUGAUUUCCACAAGUACAUGACCCGUGCCCUUGAGCAUGACUUUAAGAGGGUUGUUGGUAUCAGCUGGUACCUGUGGCUUUUUGUUAUCCUUUUCCUUUUGCUGAAUAUAAAUGGAUGGCACACAUACUUCUGGUUAGCUUUCUUGCCUCUAUUUCUCCUGCUUGUUGUUGGUGCAAAGCUACAGCACAUUAUUACUCGAUUAGCUCAAGAUGCAGCAGCAUCAUUAGCAGAUGAAACAAACCAAGUCCCGAAUAUAAAACCAUCCAAGGAGCAUUUCUGGUUUGGGAAACCUUCAAUUGUCCUUCAUUUGAUCCAUUUCAUCCUAUUCCAGAACGCCUUCGAGAUUGGUUUUUUCUUCUGGGUCUUGGUAACAUAUGGGUUCGAUUCCUGCAUCAUGGAGAAGAAGGCUUACGCCAUUUCCAGGCUUGUUAUUGGUCUGAUCAUCCAGGUGGUGUGCAGCUACAUCACCCUGCCAUUAUACGCCAUCGUCACCCACAUGGGCGGAGACAUCAAGCUGCAAGCGCUAGGGUCGGGCCUCCAUGAGUCCGUCGCGAAGUGGGCCACGGGUGCCCGAAGCCGGAAGAAGGGCAGCUCGGAGACGAGCCUCCGGAACUCGCUCACCUUGAAGAAUACUGGCGCCACCAAUCCCGUCACCGGCAGCAACGAGAUCACCGUGGCACGGGCGCCCAACGAGCGCUUCGGCAGCUCGCGCAACAUGCUGACGCCGGAGGCAGUUCCCGACCUGGACGAAAUCGUGUCUGUCGUGGACGUCGACAGCCGGAGGUGA